UAGGAGGUGUAUUUUUCCCCUGAUCUUACACAUGGGAGGUGUGCUUUUUUCCUGAUCUUACACAUGGGAGGUGUGCUUUUUUCCUGAUCUUACACAUGGGAGAUGUGCUUUUUUCCUGAUCUUACACAUGGGAGGUGUGCUUUUUUCCUGAUCUUACACAUGGGAGGUGUGCUUUUUUCCUGAUCUUACACAUGGGAGGUGUGCUUUUUUCCUGAUCUUACACAUGGGAGGUGUGCUUUUUUCCUGAUCUUACACAUGGGAGGUGUGCUUUUUUCCUGAUCUUACACAUGGGAGGUGUGCUUUUUUCCUGAUCUUACACAUGGGAGGUGUGCUUUUUUCCUGAUCUUACACAUGGGGGGUGUGCUUUUUUCCUGAUCUUACACAUGGGAGGUGUGCUUUUUUCCUGAUCUUACACAUGGGAGGUGUGCUUUUUUCCUGAUCUUACACAUGGGAGGUGUGCUUUUUUUCUGAUCUUACACAUGGGGGUGUGCUUUUUUCCUGAUCUUACACAUGGGAGGUGUGCUUUUUUCCUGAUCUUACACAUAGGAGGUGUGCUUUUUUCCUGAUCUUACACAUGGGAGGUGUGCGUUUUUCCUGAUCUUACACAUGGGAGGUGUGCUUUUUUCCUGAUCUUACACAUGGGAGGUGUGCUUUUUUCCUGAUCUUACACAUGGGAGAUGUGCUUUUUUCCUGAUCUUACACAUAGGAGGUGUGCUUUUUUCCUGAUCUUACACAUGGGAGGUGUGCUUUUUUCCUGAUCUUACACAUGGGAGGUGUGCUUUUUUCCUGAUCUUACACAUGGGAGGUGUGCUUUUUUCCUGAUCUUACACAUGGGAGAUGUGCUUUUUUCCUGAUCUUACACAUGGGAGGUGUGCUUUUUUCCUGAUCUUACACAUGGGAGGUGUGCUUUUUUCCUGAUCUUACACAUGGGGGGUGUGCUUUUUUCCUGAUCUUACACAUGGGAGGUGUGCUUUUUUCCUGAUCUUACACAUGGGAGGUGUGCUUUUUUCCUGAUCUUACACAUGGGAGGUGUGCUUUUUUUCUGAUCUUACACAUGGGGGUGUGCUUUUUUCCUGAUCUUACACAUGGGAGGUGUGCUUUUUUCCUGAUCUUACACAUAGGAGGUGUGCUUUUUUCCUGAUCUUACACAUGGGAGGUGUGCGUUUUUCCUGAUCUUAUACAUGGGAGGUGUGCUUUUUUCCUGAUCUUACACAUGGGGGGUGUUCUUUUUUCCUGAUCUUACACAUGGGAGGUGUUCUUUUUUCCUGAUCUUACACAUAGGGGGUGUGCUUUUUUCCUGAUCUUACACAUAGGAGGUGUGCUUUUUCCUGAUCUUAUACAAGCACAGCUAUUACAACCACGCUGAGCUGGAAAGGUCACAUAGAGGAACCUGUAUUAUGGUGAAUUCUGUAGAUCUUUUACCUAAAUGAAUGCCAACAUGCUAUUGCUGCCUAUGGAAGCUAUUAUGAAGACAGAUUGCUCUAGCUGGCACAUCAGUUAUUUGUCCUGUGAUGGCAAUAGUUACUAAAUUGAGUUCUAUGCUAGAAAAAUGAUCAAUUCUAAUUAAACUUGCUAGUAGGAAAUGUGAGACCAAUAGAGUGUUAGUGGUCAUAAGAUGGGCUCAGUGGGUGACAUCUAUUGCCCUACAAUUGGAAAUGCUGAAGAGUCGCACAUAACCUAAAUGUGUCUCAGUCCCUCAAUGUCAUGCAUGGUGUAGGGAAUUGUUAGAAACAGCAGGAGCACGGAUUAUGUAUUGUGUGUUUUUUUUCUUAGCACGUUGUAUUCCAUCUGAUAACUAGUAAUCACUUGGCAUAUCUAUACAAGCCUGCACGGCUGUGUAUCACAAUUACUACUGCGCCUCGGCUCUCCUAGAAAUAAAUGAUUAUUAGUGCCUGUGUGAUUACAAUUGCCAGUGAAAGGAGACUGGGAGAAUACAUUAUUAUCCGUGUGUCAAAGCUCUCCAGCAGACUGUGACUUGCAUAAAUGCCUUGGAAUUGAAUGAGGAGCAGAACCCGUGAAGGGGAUCAGGAGGUGUCUGCAGACACAACGACUCAGGAUGGAAUCAGCACCAUGAGCCAUGGACAGCAGCCCCGGCAAUCAGGACAAGCAUUGCCACCGACUCACUGCAUUGCCUCCCAAGGAUCCCCACCAAUGCUAAUCGCUUUAGAAGGUCGCACCAAAUUCCAUCUCUACCAUUAGGAGACCCCCCAACUCUCUACAACCUAGUGGAUCUCAUUACCAUAUGACCUCUGGGAUGUUACCUGAUUGUGGAACUUUCAUCUGAAUUGCAUUUGACAAUACUCUUCAUUUUGCUUCAUAUCAGAGGAAACCAAAUCGUGCAUGCUUGGCAGAACCCAUUCUCACCCGGAUUAUGACAACAGCAGGCACCAUCAUCAGCCUUGCCAGUGUGUCGGAGUGUCUUCUGUAUACUUUCAAUGGAAAUGGUAUUCUGUGUAUCUGAUGAGAACUUUAUGGCAAGAAGACUCCAAAGAUUUGUUUAACUGGAGGGAUCAGUCGUUUGGAAUUUUCAGGAUUAGCACUGGGCAAUAGCAAAAGAAAUAAGACCCCCAAAAUGUAUGGAUUCAUUAACACCUGCUUGAAGUCAUUGGUGAUUGAGAAAUAUGGUGAAGAAACAUGGGACUUAUUAAGAAUAAAAACUGGAGUUCAGGACACCUUCAUGACGUACGAGGUUUACAAGGACGACAUAACAUUGCAGUUGGUGGAAAAAGCCUGCCAGAUCCUGGAUAUUUCUCCGGAGGCUGUACUGCAACAGUUUGGAGAGUAUUUCUUUGAGUUCUGCAAAAGGUCAGGAUAUGAUCACAUGCUGAGAACUCUGGGUGGAAAUCUAUAUGAAUUUAUUGCUAACCUGGACGCCUUACACAGCUAUCUAUCACUUUCCUACCAGGCCAUGAAUGCUCCUUCCUUUAGGGUAGAGAUGAAUGAUGAUGGAUCAAUGCAUUUACACUAUUAUUCAGACAGAAGAGGCCUAUGCCAUAUUGUUCCAGGUAUCAUGGGUGCUGUAGCAAUGGAUUUUUUUAAAACGGAAAUUUCUAUGGAAAUAAUUAGUCAGUCUGAUGAAGAAGAGAGAACUGGGAAAAAAGAACACAUUGUUUUCCUUGUCACUCAGCGGUCAACUGUUCCACCAAAAUGUAGGCAAAGUUCUCAACCGAAGAAACAGGUCAAUCCACAAAACAUUGAAAAUGCAUUUAACAAACUGAGAGACAGAGCGAACCAAGUGUCUGUGUGUCCUGUUAAAAAGAAGAAUCACUGGGGAACCAUACGAGGAAUUGUCCAGUUUGGAAGAGGUAAAAUGCUGAGAGGGUUUACUCCAGUGUAUCCAAAGAGUCUCUGGGUUGAUAUUAAAACAUUUUGUAAUGUACUCCCCUUUCAUAUAGUUUUUGAUGAAGAGCUGAGAGUGAAGCAGGCUGGGGUGAGCAUACAGAGGAUUGUUCCUGGUCUACAGACUAUGGACAUUCGGGUGGAUGACUAUUUCAGCACAGUACACCCCGAGGUCACGCUGACCAUUGUUAAUGUUAGAAAGUUCAUUAACAGUCAAUUUGUGUUAAGAACAAAAAGAGAGAUGAUGCCAGAGUCGUGGAGACAGCGUCCAAUGCUGGAAUUGAGAGGUCAGAUGAUAUGGAUGGAGUCUCUGGAAUGCAUGUUGUAUUUGUGCUCUCCUCUAUUACGUAACUUGCAUGAACUGGAAGAGAGACAGAUGCACAUCUCAGACAUAGCACCACAUGAUGUCACACGGGAUCUCAUUUUGCUAAAUCAGCAAAGGCUGGCUGAGAUGGAAUUAUCGAACCAGCUUGAGAGGAAAAAGGAAGAACUGAGGAUAUUGUCCAAACACCUAGAGGAAGAAAAGAAGAAGACUGAAGCUCUCCUCUAUGCCAUGCUUCCAAAACAUGUGGCCAACCAGCUAAAGGAGGGGAAGAGAGUGGAGGCUGGUGAAUUCAAGGACUGCACAAUAUUAUUUAGUGAUGUGGUGACAUUUACCAACAUUUGUUCUCAAUGUGAACCCAUCCAGAUUGUGGCCAUGCUGAAUUCCAUGUAUCUCCGCUUUGAUAGACUAACAACAAUUCAUGAUGUAUAUAAGGUUGAAACCAUAGGAGAUGCUUACAUGGUAGUGGGUGGUGUGCCCGUGCCUGUUUCUACUCAUGCAGAAAGAGUAGCAAACUUUGCCCUAGGAAUGAUCCUUAUGGCCAGAGAAGUAAAGAAUCCAGUCACAGGAAAUCCUAUUCAGAUAAGAGUUGGCCUACACACUGGUCCAGUGCUGGCUGGAGUGGUAGGUGAAAAGAUGCCCCGAUAUUGCUUGUUUGGUGAUACAGUAAACACAGCUUCACGGAUGGAGAGUCAUGGUGUUCCUAAUAAAAUUCACCUCAGCCCAGAGGCCUAUAGAUGUCUUAAAGAUAAAGCAUUUGAAAUAUUAGCACGGGGAGAAAUCGAAGUAAAAGGCAAAGGGAAAAUGUGCACAUAUUUCCUGAUGAGAAACAGUUCAGCACAGGAAAAUGAAAUUUUAGGUAGACCUGGGAAGGAGAUUGACUCAGCCAGGGAAUCCUCCCAGGUUGUGCACGAUGAGCUCAACAAGGGGAGCUUACAAAUGGCUUGUCCUCAAGUUACACAGGAUGAAUUCACCCAGAACUCAUGUCCUGCAAUACCAAUGAACUAUGAUGACAGUCCAGUUUUAAGUAAUAAGGAAGUGCACAAAGAUCUCACAGGCAGAGUGUAUAAUGAAAGAAGUAAUGGGAGUCUCUGCAAUGUCCACCGAGUAGAAGACAGUCAAGUCAAUAAAGUAUCAAGAGAAAAACAGGAAUCCCAGAGUGAUCAUAUCAGAUCCCACUUUUGUGUGAUUCUGUAAUUGUAUUUAUAUGUACCGUGUUAACCAACACAGAAUGUAUUUUGUAUGUUACAUACCAUUCCCACAGUCUCAUAUUCCCAUAUUUUGCUCAAGGUUAUUAUUUUAGGCGAACUGCAGUAAUAUAUUUUAAAGGUGAACUUCAGGAAAACAAUUUAAAGCUGAAUUAAACCUCUGCAGAAAAGUAAAACAAAUGGGCCCUCAGGAGAUUUAUUCUGUAAUGUACUAGUAAGCACAGCAUAUUAGCACAUUAUAGCAGAUUUACUUGCCAAGCAAUCCCCUCCAGUGUACUCUCAGGUUUCAUGGGUGCUUCCAUUUUCUCCUAGUUGUACUUCCAGGUUUGGACUCUUCAGCCACUUGAUUGGUCGGGAAACAAUCACGUUACUCUCACAGAUGCACACAGUCACAGUCACAUCCUUACAGCAAAGAGCGGUGCAGUAAAUGUACGCUGAGCUGAGCAUGCAUGGUUCAGUGUACAUAAAUGCUGACAGACAGAGGGAAGGGUUUAUGACAGAAGAGACAUCCUGUCAUAAAUAUCAGACCUGUCAAUUUUUUUUUCCUUUUUGAAGGUUUAAUUCUGCUUUAAUACACAGAAAAAGU